ACCAGCGGCCGCGGCGGCGGCGGUGCUACCAGUUCUCCUCCCAUGGCAGCAGCGGCCAAGCUAGCUCUAUCGCAUUCCAUAACAAAAUCGCCAUCACUAUGUUCCUUCUCCAAAUUCACCGCCGAUUCCCGCGGUUUCAGUGUAAGAGCGAACGCUUGCUUGGAUGCAGUCAAGCAACCGAUGAGCACUGACCUGGUUUCUCUCGAGUACGCCGACCUUAACCUUCCCCCGGCGGACGUGGGUCAUGUGAGAAUCAGGCAACAUGUGAACCCUUUGAGCUCCUCUUUCUCUGCGCCGGCACCAGUGCCUGAUUGGAAGGAAGUUUUCAGGGACCCAACACUUCCACUCAUGGUGGACAUUGGAUGUGGGAGUGGCAGAUUCCUUGUAUGGCUUGCCAAACGAAACCCGGAUUCCGGGAACUACUUGGGCUUGGAAAUACGGAAGAAACUGGUCAAGCGAGCUGAAUCGUGGGUAAAAGAUCUGGCUCUUACUAAUGCUCAUUUCAUAUUUGCAAAUGCUGCUGUGUCUUUCAGACACUUGGUUGUCUCUUAUCCUGGGCCAUUGACACUAGUUUCGAUCUUGUGUCCAGAUCCUCAUUUCAAGAAGAGGCAUCACAAGAGAAGAGUUGUGCAACAGCCAUUAGUUGCUUCUAUCCUUGAUAGUUUAGUCCCCGGGGGAAAGGUGUUCCUGCAGUCUGACGUACUGGACGUGGCUCUCGACAUGAGAAACCAGUUCGAUGCAGAGUCCAUCGUGAUGCAGCACAUCGACGAGGUUGACUCGAGCCUACCAUGUGACAGCGAUGGAUGGCUGCUGAGCAAUCCCAUGGGGAUACGGACCGAGAGAGAGAUACAUGCUGAAUCUGAAGGUGGGACGAUAUACAGAAGGUUGUACCAAAAGAGGACUACUUAAUUGUUACAAUUAAGAAAUUGAGCAAAAUGCGUGUUGUACCUGCUCAGGCUAGAGCUAAACCAAAAAAACUCCAAAUGUUUCUUGGAAGCCUAGCUGAUAUGCUUGAUGAGUUGCAUGGAGCAUAGUACUUCACUUGAGAGUAGGGUACUAUCAGAUUAGGAUGAAUGAAACAUAUAUACACAUACACCCUUAGCGAACUCAUAAUAAACAUUAUGAGUACCUAGUAAUGCCUUUUGGGUUGUGCAACACCUCACCUAAGAGCAUCAGAAUUCAGAGCUUGCCCUUAGACCAAUCUACUGAAAAAGGGUGGAUUCAUGUGGAUGCUCCCGGGCAAGGCAUUGCAGUUGUUUCCUUAAAUUGCCACCCGGUUGCAUUGAUGAUGAAGAGUCAAGACAUUACCUCCCAGUAAGGAAGCUUAGUUUACUUGCUAGAAAGUGAUGGUACCGAUUAUUAAUCUAGUGCAAAUGUGGAGAUAGUAUUUAUUAGGCCAUAAAUUUCACAUCUGAU